AUGUCCAGCUUCGACAAGGUCGUCAAGAACGCAUGCAAGCCCAAGCCGAACCCCCCAAAGCAGAAGGCAUGCUCAUCAUCUCUUGGCGCUCGCUAUCUGGACCCAAUUGUCGCCGCAACUUGGUCUGAUGACGGAGCUGUUCAUGACGUUUGCAAGGCGCUCUCUCCGAGGUUCAGAGAACCAAAUGCAAUUAUUGUGUUCAAAGCCCUCCUGGUGCUUCAUACGAUGAUCCGGAACGGUGCUACCGACAACAUCUUAUCCUAUCUCUCUUCUUCCGACGUCCUGCGUCUCAAGAAUGUAUCUGGGGGUCAGUGGGAGGGCUACAUGGCGCCGGAAAACCUACAAAACUACGCCAACUAUCUUAAUGCUCGUAUCCGUGCAUACCGUGACCUGAAGCACGACGCUAUUCAUGUUCAGUCGGAGAACAACAGGGACGCACGUUUGUCCAUGUCGCUCGAAGAGGAUGCGCGCCAGCGCUCAAAAUCGGAGCCGCCUGCACCAAAAGCUCCUACGCGCAGCAAAACAAUCUCGGGCAGGAAAUUACGGAUAAUGACGGUAGAGAAAGGUCUAUUAAGAGAGACGAAGGUAGUUCAGAAGAUGAUUGACACGCUGGUCGAAUGUCGGUUCUACCUUGACAAUCUAGAAGACGAACUUACUGUCACUGCUCUCCGACUGUUGGUCAAGGAUCUGCUCAUUCUCUUCCAGGCCGGAAAUGAAGGGGUCAUCAACGUUCUGGAGCAUUACUUUGAGAUGUCGCAUGUUGAUGCCGAGCAAGCGCUAGCUAUCUACCGGCAUUUUUGCAAGCAGACUGAAUAUGUCGUGGAGUAUCUGGGUGUGGCAAAGAAAUUGCAGAAUAUCCUGAAUGUUCCAAUCCCAAACCUGAAACAUGCACCUGUGUCGCUUGUUGGUGCCCUCGAAGAGUAUCUUAAUGAUCCUAAUUUUGAGCAGAAUAGAAUCGAGUACAAGACAAACAAAGAGGCGGCGGACAGAAAUACUAAGAAUAGAACAAUAGCCCCGACGAGUGCGGCAAAGUCACCAUCUCCGAAGCCUUCGACAUCACAAGCGCCGGUCGCAUCGACAUCCUCGGAACCACCGAAAACGGAAUCCAGCCAGGCCAUGGCUGAUUUCUUCUCGGCUAUUGAGGAGGAGCAGCAAACGAUGUUCAAUCCCCAGACUGGAAGCCCGACAUCGACUUACUUCCAGCAAGCUGCCCAUAACCCGUUUGUUCAGCGACAGAUGACGGGCUUCCCAUCUCAGCCAUUUGUACAGCCUCAAAUGCAAACUCAGCCCACAGGUUUCAUACAACCGCAGAUGACCGCCAUGCCGUCUUUCCAACUACCUCAACAACCAUUCUCGCCGUUCCUUCAACCCCAGGCCACAGGAUUCCUUCAACCUCAAACUACCGGCUCGAAUCCAUUUCGCCAAAGUGCGCUUAUACCGCAAGCGACAGCAGCAUCUCCGUUCGCUCAGUCAAACUUUGGCCAGCCGCAAGUGCAGUUCAACGGCAGCAACAACCCUUUCCCGAUGCAGGGUCAGCUGCAGAGUCCACCUGUAUCUAAUUUUGCGUCUGCACCACCCACCCAACAACAUUUCGAUACAAAUUCGUCAUCAUCGAACUCUUUCCAGCCCCAACCGUCUUCAAUGUCUCCAUGGGCAGCACCCCAGCAAAUGUCUGCCCCGACCAACAAUUCGGUGCCAACACGCCCUGCAUCUACGCCCAUCACCUCGCUGGCCUUUGGUAAUAAACCGGCGUCGCCUCCACCUCAGCCCGUCAAAACGCAUCAGACAGGAUCGCGUAACCCCUUUGGUGUGCCAGCUCAGCCAGCGCCCCCAGUUCCUAAAGUUCCAACGCUUAUGGAACUGGCAAUGGGUAUAAAUAACAACACCCAGAGUCAACAACAAGUGCAGCCGCAACAGACUGGAUUCAACGGGUUCAGCGCAUUCGGCGGAUCGUCUACGUUGGGGGCUAGUUCACCGUCUUCACAGCAGGGCUCGGGGAUGUCGAAUAUAGCUUCUUCCUUCUCCAUGAACGGAGGUGGAUAUGCGGGAUCUAAGCCGGAGGAGAAUCAAUCGUUCGGCCUUGGGCUGUCGAAUUUCGGUGCACUGAACCUCGGCUCUUCUACAUCACCGCCGACCUUGCCGAGCCAGAAUACGUCCACAACCUCUUCCGGGUUCUCAGACUCUAUCUUCUCCUCGCUGUCUAGUCAGCCCACGGGUGCUACGUCUAAUGUCACCGGUGCCACGACACCGUCGAUAACAUUCUCUCCUCCAUUGAAACCACAGACGACGGGGUUCAGCGGAAUCAAAGCGUUCAAGCCUACGUCAUCGUUCGGUGCUUCACUACUGGAAUCCCUUCCGCCAAUUCCACAAUCCGCACCUAGCACACCGGGAAGUCAAUCGUCGCCGACACUGAACUCGGCGAUGUCAUCGCCUGGCACGACUAGUACCGGCAUGCCGUCGCUUUCUGGGCAGCCGACCGGCGCUACAAGUUUUUCGGCAUUCGGCGCGGGUGCUGGAACGGGAUCAACGGUUGGCGUUGGUCUACGUCCGCAGAUGACUGGCGCUGGCGGAGCGAACCCUUUCCGCGCCACAAUGUUUGCGACGGGGGCGGGGACUGGUGGCGGAGGUGCAUUCGGCGGAAUGUCCGGCUCGAGCUCGACGCCGGCGUUUGGAGGGGCAGGGGCAGGAUCGGGCAUGGGAGCAUCGUUAUUCACACAGAACACAGGCAUGCCUGGGGCUGCGGGUGGGAUGGGCGCGAGUUUGUUUGGGGUCAACGGUGCAAAUGCGGGUGGCGCGUUUGGGCCGGGCAAUGGAACGCGCGCGUUCGGGUCGAACUUUGCGCUUGGUGGUGGCGUAGCUGGUCAGGAUUCAUCGAAGAAGCCUCAGCACAAUGCGACGGCCUCAUUGAUAUAG